AUGUCGCUUGAGCAGAACAUUCGGCGUGCACUAGAAGUGUUAUUACCCGCGAUUCGAAAACGUCACGAGACAUCACCAGAACCCAUCAUUCUCGGCAUUACUGGUCUUCAAGGAUCGGGGAAGUCAACUUGGGCAUCGAAGAUUGUUGAAAUCCUCACUUCGGAACACCAGCUAUAUACAAUAACGAUUUCGUUGGACGACCUUUACAAGACGCAUGAUGCUCUGGUAGCGCAGCGAGAACAAAACCCAGAGAAUAAAUUGUAUCGCACUCGUGGACAGCCCGGGACACAUGACGAACAACUGGCCGGCAGAUUCUUCAAGGAUCUUCGCGAGUACACGGGAAAAGGCCAUCUCAAGAUACCCAGUUUCGAUAAGAGCAAGUUUCAAGGCGAAGGUGACCGAGCUCCAGAAUCAGCAUGGCCAACCCUAACACGAAAGCCUGAUGUCGUUGUGUUCGAAGGCUGGUGCGUUGGCUUCCAACCUUUGCCCGCAUCCAUGAUUGAAGAGAAGUUUGGUCUGGCCUUGUCUGGGAAACUGGCCAUCAACACGCCUGCGAAACACCAACUUGCGCAUCUCUUAGAGGUCAAUAGGAAUCUAGAGCGCUACUGCGAAGCUUUUAUGGGACCCCGGUAUUUCGACUUCUUCAUUCACAUCGACACUCAGGACCUGCGGCAUGUAUAUACGUGGCGCCUCCAACAAGAACACAAGAUGAUUGAGACCAAAGGCUCGGGCAUGUCGGAUGAACAAGUCAGAUCGUUUGUUGAUGGGUAUAUGCCAAGCUACGAGUUGUAUCUGGAUCAGUUGCGUCAGGGAAUUUUCGAGGAUAAGGGUAGAAUGGUUCGAGUGGUCUUGGAUAAGGACAGGGCUGUUGAGAGGAUUGAGCAGUUGUGA